UUGACGACCACGAGACCGUCACGUCCUCGGCUCGGUCGCGCCCGUCCGUCCGUCUAACCGGCUCGUGUGUCCAUCGCAGCGAAGCACGCGUGUCCGCGAACGGCAAUCGGUCCCCGCGGUCGUCGAACGACUCGUCCGCCUCGCCGCAUCUUCGUUCCCGUCGUCAAACACGUCCGUCAUCCAGUCGCGUAAUUUUCGCCGUGAUCGAUUCGCCCGACGUAACCGCCACGGGUAUCACCAUCGUACCGGUAGAAACCGGGAGGCAAGGCGGCACGGUGACCGUUCGGCCGACGACGGUAAUAUUACCCCGCGAAUGACGACACUUCCGGUUCAUCUGGUAACGACGGUACCGUUUCGGGCCUGUUUUGCCGUACCACAACACACCCGGCAGACCGCUAGUGCCUAGAAGCCGAUCGCCAUCGCCACCACCGCCCACCGUCACCAACACUAGCGACGACCACGACGACAGUAACGGGAGGUCCAGUGGUGACAGUGUCGAGACGAUGGCCGACGGGACAUCGGCGGCGGCGUCGGCGGCGGCGGCGGCCGUCGUCGUCGCGUGGUGGCUGGCCGCGGUGUUGGGCCCGGCCGGCGGCCUGGUGCUGGACGGCACGUACGGCCAGUUCCGCAAGUGGAACGCGGGCGUGAACGGCACGCUGGAGAUGGAGUUCAAGACGCGGUCGCCGAACGGGCUGCUAAUGUACACCGACGACGGCGGCACCUACGACUUCUUCGAGCUCAAGAUGGUGGAGGGCACGAUGCGGCUGCGGUACAACCUGGGCGCCGGCGCGCAGAUACUGAUGGCCGGUCACGACCUGUACGACGGCCGGUGGCACCGCGUGACCGUGGAACGCCGUGGCCGCGUGACCGCGCUGUCCGUGGACAACGCGACCAGCACGGCCACGUCCGCCGGCAAGGAGCUGCAGUUCGGACGGCUCGCGUCCAACUCGGCCGUGUACGUGGGCGGCAUGCCCGGAUGGUACAACGGGCGGCUCACGCGGCUCGCGCUGCCCAGCGUCAUAUUCGAGCCGCGGUUCAGCGGCGCCGUCCGCAACAUCGUGUACGCCGACGAUUUCUACCCGUACCCGCGGCGCCAAGCGGCCGUCACCGAUCCUGCCCGACAGCCGAAGUGUACUGGUACAAGAUGUCGACGGAAUUUGAAUAAAGAUAAAAAGACGAAGAUUACGAGUGGAGGAAUCAACGGACACCAUCGUGGGAUAGGGAAUUUGGAUGCCUGUGAGAAAAACGAUCCUUGUCAACAUGGUGGAAUUUGCAUAUCUACAGACAGUGGACCGAAAUGCCAAUGUCGCGAUAAAAACUAUGAAGGAGCUUACUGCGAAAUAGACAAAAUAAUGGCAGAAGCUUCGUUUACCGGCGAGGAAUUUUUGAAAUACGCAUUCCAAGGAAAUACCGAAGGUGAUUCGUUCGUUUUACACUUCAAAACUAAACAACCGGCUGGACUGCUUUAUCACAUUGGAGAUGGUUCGAGUAAUUAUUUGAACGUGGGCAUUGUUACCGGUGGUAUAACAGUAACGAUGCGAGUGGGCACUGGUUCAUUGGAUAUGUUUAUCAAGCCGAACAGAAUACGGUUCGACGACAAUCAGUGGCACAAGAUAUCAGUCACGCGAAAAGUACAAGGGAUAUCAGCUGUCACGAGUUUUUGUAAGCUGGCCGUGACAGUGGACGAAGUCUACGGCGAACAAGGAAGCUCGGCGGGUGCGUUUACUUCCUUGCCUCUAGGAUAUUUAUACCUGGGUGGCAGUGAGAACACGGUCGCUCUGCCGGGUACGAAAGCGAGCACGAACUUCGUGGGAUGCAUUCGAAAAGUGGAGUAUACUUUGGAUAGCGUUCACAAAUACGAUUUCUUGGAAAUGGGAAAAACCGGCAUUUCGGCCAUACAAGUAUACGGUCGAUUACAGUUUUCGUGCCAAGAUUUCGGAAUGGAUGAUCCCGUUUGUUUGUCCACGCCUCGAUCGUUUCUCAUGCUACCUAAUUGGGAUGGUACAACCAGUGGUUCGAUAUCUGUGAAGUUUCGGACCAACGAGCCAGAUGGGCUUCUAUUUUUCAGCCGAGGUCAAACUGAACAUACGAGUGGAAUUUAUGCCGUUGAAAUGAUCGACGGACGGCUGUACGUAUAUUUGGAUUUGGGUGCUGGUGGCACUCGGACCGAAGUCAGUUCGGAGAAAGCCAAAGUCAAUGAUGGUCAAUGGCACGAAUUUUCGAUAUGGCGCAACGACAGAGACAUACACUGCACUGUAGACGAUUACUCGUCAGAUUUUACGACAAACGGUGAUUCCAAUCAGUUACACUUGCAAAACGGUAUCAUGUUGGGGUUCGGUGGUCGAGCGGUGUACCACAAAAAGAUACCGACGGGCGUGUGGACGCUAUCAUUGGAAACGGGAUUCGUGGGGUGCGUGCGUGACCUCGUCCUGGACGGCGUGGCGAUAAAUUUAGUCAGUUUGUCUCUGGAACAAGACCACGUGUCAAUAACACCGCAUUGUCCCGAAUACACUAACAGUUGCAACUCGAACACUUGUUACAACGGAGGGGUUUGUCAUGAAGGUUGGAAUCGUGUUAUAUGUGACUGUUCGAAUACAGAGUAUGUGGGCGCCACUUGCACGAGAGAGUCGUCAAUGUACAGUUUCAACGGGACACAAUAUGUACAAGCAAUAAUGCCGGAAAAAAUGAUCACUGAAGUUGAGGAAAUGUACUUCAGAUUUAAAACUAAUAGGCCACUAGCCGUACUAAUGAAAACAUUCGACAGUUCAUGGGAUCGACUAGAAAUUGCAUUAAUCAUUGGACGAAUUAGAUUAGCCUUGAAAAUUGGUGACAAAGAAAAGGUGGUUUUGUGCGGAUCUCAUUUGGAUGAUAACAACUGGCAUUCGAUUCAUUAUAUAAGACGGGCGCAUGAAAUCCGUCUGAAAGUAGACAACGUUACAGUAAAAAAUGAUUCUGAUAUGGAAAACAAUAUCGCUCUCAGAUGGCAAGGUCUUUUAAUCGGUGGAUCACCUCCUAAGGAUUCAGAAGCCAUGGUAAAUCUUCCCAGCUUUAUCGGAAGCAUCCAACAGUUCGUAUUAAAUAAAAUAAACUUUUUCGAUCUCGCCAAAAUCUCAACUCGAGGCUUCUCCGAGGAUUUACCAAAAGUUCACAUGACUUGCAAAUAUCAAAAACAAGAAAAACCCCCUUCACUGGUACACACGGUUACGUUCCUAUCGAAAAAUACUUUCGUCGGACUUCCAACAUUAAAAUCUUACUCAAGAAUGGAAGUGUACUUCCGGUUCAAGACCAAGCACACAUCCGGUCUGUUCUUCUACAACGGCGGCAAGCACAAUGACUUUGUACUCUCCGAAUUGAUCAACGGGCACGUACUCAUCAACAUUCGGUCGGGCACUCACGUGAUCCGUCUUCGGGACAUAUCGAAGAACAGUUAUAAUGAUAAUUAUUGGCAUUCGGUUCACUUACUACAAAUAUCGGCCACUUUGUUUUGUCUUCUCAUCGACGAUCAAGUGGCAUCGACUAUGUCUAUGUCUAGACCACAUAAUAUACAACUGAAUGGAAUGUUCUAUGUCGGUGGUGUGCCAAAAGAAUUACACAAACGACAAUCGAAGCACAUCCACUCGAGACAUGGAUUCGAGGGUUGCAUGUCUGGAUUGGAGUACAAUGGCGAAUCACCGGACAUGGUGGAGAACGCCACGAUACCCAGCACGCUCAUCACGGUGGGCUGUGAUGGACUCAGCAAGAUGUGCACACAGGACAUGUGCGACAACCACGGAACGUGCGUGGAACAAUGGAAUUCGUAUUCGUGUGACUGUGACAUGACUGCAUAUGUCGGCCCGACGUGCUCUGAACCGUCCAUUUCCUACGACUUCGGUCCCGACAGCGGUCUCAUCACGUACGCGUUCCCGGACGGGCGCCAGCCGGACAUGCAGAACGACUUGUUGGCGAUGGGUUUCAUCACGUCCAAGGACAACGGUAUACUUUUCCGCGUGGAAAGCAGCACGUCCAGCGAUUAUUUACAACUCGAGAUGGUGAACGGCCAUAUUGUAGUCAUUUACAACGUCGGGACUAACGAUCAUCCCAUUGGUGAAGCUAACAUCAAAGUAAACGAUAAUUCUUAUCAUUUGAUCAGAUUCGUUCGGACGGGACCCAAUUCAACAUUACAGAUUGAUGACAAUAGCAUGCAGACUCUGUAUCCAUCAGGACAUCAACUAAGCGUAUUCAAUAGACAGUCGACGAUCCAAGUAGGUGGCCGAUGGAAUAAGACAAAACAACAGAUCGAAAAUGCGUUCGAAGGAGUUAUGGUGGGAUUGGUAUUCAAUGGUCUUAGAGUAUUCGACCUGACUACCAACAAAGAUCCGAGGACCACUAGUAAAGGAGACGUGCAGCAGUUGUCAUCGAUAUUGGACCGACUCAACGAACACUCGUUGCUAGACACCAUGCAACAGACACCUGCAUCGGGAGUUAUGGACGAUCUGGUUUAUUCAGGAGCUGGAUCUGGUUGUAAUCAUGAUGAUGAAGACCAGUGCACAGUUACAUUUGAUACUGGAUCUGGUGACGACUUGAUAACACCAGUCUAUGUGCCUCCAACCGUUGUACCUCCUCCUUCAUUAAUAACCGACAUACCCGGUGCGUGCGAUGAUGAAGAAUCAGAUUGUAUUACAGGUUCAGGAUUUGGUCCUACAACUUCUACGGAUGACUCAACAACUAUUAAAAGUUCGCACCCGGCGGUGACCACGUUCAACAGUGCGGCGGCGGCGGCGGCGGCGAACAGGACGACCGCGUCCGUGGACCGGACGACCGCCGGACAACAGGCGGCCAACCGGUCGAGGUCCGCGUCCAGCACGGCCAACCCGGCCACCGUGCCGUCGUACUGGUCGUCGACCCCGAAGACGGCCACGCACUCGCGGGUGCCGGCCACCUCGACCUCGGUCGCCGUGGUCGUCACGACUGGCGGUCCGUGGUCCGGCGGCGGCGGUACCGGUUCCACGGACGGAGACGUCACCAGCACCGACGGCGGCGGCACCACCAGCAGCACCGCCAGCAGCAGCACGACAAGCACGACGACCGCGGCCGCGCCACCGACCUACUACGGCGGCACCAAGGACACGGACACCAAACCCGGGUUCGGCAGCGGCGGCACGCGGUACGGCGGCGGCAACGACGAGCGCGACGGCGAGACAAUGGUGACCACGUCGGACGUGCUGUUCGGCGUGGACAACCAGUUCCCGCCCGCGGCCGUACCGACGCCGCCCAAGCACGCGGAGCCGCCGAUCAACACGAAGGCGGCCGAGAGCACGGCGUUCGUGGUGCUGGUCACCGCGGCCACGCUCAUCAUCAUCGUGCUCAUCAUACUGCUCGUGCUCAAGGUCAAGUACAGGACGGACACGAACCGGUACAAGAUCGAGAUGCCCAAAGCGUACGGGACGCCGGUGGAACCGGGCUCGGACAGGGGCGGCCUGUGCCAGCAGCAGCAGAACUCGGGGCUGCUGUCGCCGGGCAACUACCCUCCGUCCGGGCAACCGUCGCCCACGUACGUGCAGAACAACUUCAGACCGCACGGGCCGGGCGUCAGCAACAAGCAGCCCAAAAAGAGACAGGACGUCAAGGAGUGGUACGUGUAACGCGUGCACCACACACGCGCGCGCGCGCGCACUCGCCGGUAUCGUUCUUGUACGUAUUGUACUCGACACGCGACGGGUGUGUGCGCGACAAUAACAACGAUAACAACGAUGUGUUAACCGUGGUCUCGCGCGUGUUAUUACGUGUCGACGUCUAAAACCGAUCGCAAUAACAAUAAUGCACUGCCGUACCGGCGACUAUUUUUAUUGCGCAAUCGUAACCACGACGGCGUUGCGCCCGCGCAUGUAUAUUUUUGUAACGAUAAACCACGUGUUAAAAAUAGUUAGAACGGUUGACCGGGUUUUUUUUUUUUUUUCGUUUUUUUUUUUUUAGCAUCAUAGACCAUUUAGCCACUUUACUGCCAAUACUACGACAUUCUUCCACUCCUCUCUAUUAAAUAUCGGUUGACCGCGGUUGCUGAAAAUUAUUGUUUUGCUUAUCCCGUACGCUGUAAUCCGAUCGUGGCUAUCCGACGGUGCUGUUACGUAAGCACGUGCGGAUUUCGUUUUGCAAUUAUCGUUUGCCUACGAAAGCACUGCUACUUCCUAUUACCGUUAUAACAUUAUUAUUACUAUUAUCGUCUUCAUAACUGCGCUUAGGUUUCGCUGUAAUGUUGUCAUGGCAUUACGCCCCCGCCCACCCACCGAUCAACGCGACAUGUUCGCGGUCGCGGACGAGUGUCAUUUCGAGCGCGAUCGUUGUCGGCCAGGGGUUUUCUUUACCUCUAUAUUUAUUUUAAGUUUUCUUGGAUGAGACAAUAAUUGUUACCUUUAAAGAUGUACAUAUUACAAUAGAAAUAUUUUAACGUGUAUUAUAUUAGGUACAUAAAAUUAAGUAACUCUGAAUUGUAAAAAAAAAAAAUUAAAAAAAAAAAUUAAAAAACGAUCAUGAUGCGAUAUUCGCGUUUAUUGUCGAUUGUGGCCGUACGAUCACUACGAUCAUGCACAGGUCGCUGGCACGAGUCGACCGUUAUUUUUGUCGGUAUAUCUUGUCGCAAUAACCGGAUCGGACCGACCGCUUGACGGAGCCGUGACCUUUCAGUCUGUUAAACGUUUUCCGUGGCAUUACCUUCGGCUCUGUAGAAUCUCGUCCUGCACGUUUCGUUCGGACGUUUCUUUUGCCCUUCCCCGUUGGUGCGCCUCGCACGGGCCCAACUCAAAACGCACGUUUUACGAGGCGUUUCACGCACGGCCUCAACCCGUCGAGCCGCGGACGAACGUAGGUAGGUGCUCCGGAGCGCUUAGCAUCCUAACGUUUCCGAUAAACUUUUGUCAUCAGUUCACGUCCAUCACGAACGCACGAGCAACACGCGUUGUCCGACACCCCUGAACUCGACGUUGACGCCGACUUGUCCUCGCGCGACCGUUUAAUAACACGUCGAUCGUAACAAAUCUUUCGUUUUAACGUUGUCGCUACAUUCGUUAUUUCAAUAUCAAUUGUUCGAUUAAUACGUGAAACGUUAUUAAACGUGUUUUUAUUGUUUACCAUUAAGGUCGUCUGUGAACUCGGUACGACGAUCGAGACGUAAUAAAAUACGAAUCGGCCGUUAUCGCGAACGUAACAAUAUUGGUUUUAACCGUCCGUGACGGUGGAGACGGCGGUACCGUUGAAACCGUGUGCGAGAAAAUAACAGCGAAACGAUUUUAUCCGAGUGGUCUACCGGGAAGUGGUAUAAGCAGUGGCGGUCCACCCUCCAACAACAGAUACUUUAAAACCGGUUGACCAAUAUUCUAAGCAACUAAUAAACAACAUGAACGCUAUAUCCGACGAUUUUAUAUUAAAUCAUGUUUUUUACGACAACCGUGUAGGCCACUAACUAUGAAUAAACCGUUUUUUCGACGGGUUCAUUUCAAUAUUAUUGUUAAUCAAUACCAUAGCGGUCGCUAGUCUAGCGAAACCGACGAUGUAACGUUACCGGUGAAUUUGACGAAAAAAGUUGGAGGGAAUCGUCAACGGGACGGAGAACCGCGCUUCAUCGGUCGUCGUCGGUGUCUCCUGCGAAAAGUUAUCCUACGAACCGCCACGGCGCAAGGGAUAAGCUCUCUCCACACUCGCAGCUCCCGGUUAUAACACACAUUCGUAUUUCCGAUCGUACACGUUGCCCAAUUGACCGUUCUAAGGAAUACCCCGUGCAGCCAUGGCGCCCAAAUGGUUUUCGUUUUCCUAUUCGUUUUUCCUACACUCGUUAAAACAUGAACAAUAUAUUAAACAUAUUUUAAAUGCAAUUAUUAUCAUUGAUUAUUGUUUAUUGAUUCGUUUUUAAUUUUAUCGCUUCGUCGCAUUACCUACGGUCGCCAACGGUACACACAGACAACGAUGUUUUCCUCGCGAGCCCUCUCACAACCGGUUAUAUAUAGACACUGACCGACAAAUGAGAUAACUGUGCAAUUUGGCCCUUUUUCAUUUCUCUCUCUCUCUUUCUCGUUCUCUCUUUAUCUAUCUCUGAUUUGAUCUAUUUAGUUACUUCUAGUCUUUAACUUAAUCUUUGGUCGUAUAAUCCAUCCGUUGACAGUUACGAUAUUGUUUUCACGAUAUAUAAUUGAUAUUAUAAUAUCAUGUUAUGAUCGCAUAAUACUGCUAGCGCAAUUAAGUCAUUUUCUCUUUUUUUCUCUUUCUCUCUCUCUCUCUUUCUUGUGUGAUAAAAAUAUGUAUUAUAUGUAACAUUUCACAAUGUUUAAGAUGAUCUAAAAUAAUUUUAAACUAAAUAGAAUCAUUCGUUAUCUAGUUGAAUUGUUGUACAAAGAAAACAUUGUUAAGCUAUGUACUGUAUAAUAUACAAAUGGAAUACUAUUAGUUUUAAUCAAUUAUCAUGUUAUAAUAUUUAAGCGUAAUUACAUAGUACUAUAGUUGACUUAUUGUAGGUACUUAUGAUUAUAUAGUUAAUUCGUUUGAUUCGUAUACAACAUAAAUAUUCAUUUAUGUAGGUAUAUAUCUAAAUAUAUACCAUAUGAUUAAAUAUAAUUUUUUAGGUACGUUUUAAUAGUAGAUUCGUUAAUCUAAGCUCAAAAUUGUUUGCCAGGC